AAAUGUUGCAAAAUUUAGUAGCAGAAGCUCUAAGAAACCCAAGAGUGAUACCUGAUAUCGAAGUAGAACUAAAGCUGAUCAUGUCGAAUCCCUCAAGAUCUUCAGGUGAAACCAGUUUUGAAAAGCUAUAUGAAAUUGAUAUGAAUUAUCAGCAAAUAGAGAAUCCGAACUUGAAAUCAUUUAAACUCAAAUUCAAACAUACUCUCUGACAAUAUGGAGAGUUCUUAAUCAGGAAGGAACUAGGUCAUAAGCUAAAAGGUUAUCCAAAUUCAAAUGGAUUUGAUGAGAAUGAAGAUUUUAGUCACUUACAAGAGAAGAAAUAUGCUGUCAAAAGUACUCACUUGGCUAUCUAUUUCUUGCUGUGCGAAGAUUUAAUUAAAAUUUAUCUUGAAGACCAAAAUAUCUUAUUUGAAGAAACAAAUAAGUCGAUUGAAGCUACACUAAAAUUGAUUCAGGAUGUUUUGGAAGGAACUCCCUUAUCUAAGUUAAUCAAAUCUAAGGUCUCUUCUUCUGAAUCAAACGCUGAUAAUUUAAACUCAAAUUCACAAAGCCAGAAUAAUUCUUUCUUUCAUCAAAGAUUUGGUGACAUUGAAGAAUACAAAGAAGAGGCUUUGCAAAUCUCAGAUUUAUUCUCUUUCGGUAUCUUUCAAGCAGAGAACAUACUUGAACCAGCAGAGCUGAAGAAUCUUAUCUACUAUCUCUGAACUAGCUUUAAACUUCUCUGAAGACAUCACACUCAGGCUUUCAAGGCGAAUCAGGAAAAAUAGACUCCAAAAGAUCAGUAGCUUUUUAGUCCAGACUUCUCAAUUCUGAACUUUGCUUUGCUCGAAAUCAUGACUAAAGCUUAUCCUAUCAUCUCUCUAUCUAGUAGCAUUUGAAAUUUAUCAGUCCUCUUCCGAGAAUUCAAUUCCUCAUUCAGAAAGCUUGGCUUUGGAAUGCUCUAAGGAUUCUAUUUUUCACUGAGAGCUGAUCAAGCAUUUCUUCAAUUACAUAAAAUCAACUUGAGAAGCAGACCAAGACCCCGAACUCACUUCAAUGCUGAAGAAGAUUCAGAAAAUCUCAGUGAAAGGAGUCUUGUUUCUUUCUGAGUUAUACCUAAGCAUUAAGAACUUUGAAAAGGCACGAAUGUCUAUAGAGUUUUGAUUCCAAACAGUUAGCGAUGAAAGUAUAGAGCAGCUCAACUGCUCUAUAUCCUUGUUUAAGUAUUACCUGAUGCUGAAUAAAUAAUGAAGAUGUUUUGAACAUCAGCACCCUUAUCGAUCACCCUAUGCUAGACGCAGAGAUUAUUGCAAUCUUACUUUCUAUUACCAUUAAAUACAAAUAAAUGCUCAGUAGGAGUCUUGCUUGGAAGAAGCAUCUUUAAACUUCAGAAUAUCGAAAAGAUUCUUUCUGUAGAGAAAAGCAGAGAGAAAUGAAUCAUCCUCUUCUUGGAAAAUCUUUCAGGCCUCUUAAAGAUGGAGCUCAAAGAAAGUAAAGAAUCUGAGAUUGAAAAUCAUCAAGAAGAAGAAAAUCCUGACAAGAAUAGAGACACUGAUGAGCUACUGAAAUCUAGUCUAAACUCAAUCUCCUUACAAAAUUCAUUUGAAGAUAUAAUUACACUCAGCUGUCUCACUCUUGAUUGUCUUAAGUGAUGUUGGGAUGUCUGAAAAAUAUCUUAUCAAAACAACAGAUACCUUUUAUGUCAGACUUGCUCUCUCCAGAUCAUAACUAAAAUGAAUGACAUGAACCAGGAUUUCAAAGAGCAUAUUCCUAGAAGACUUAGUGAAGAAAGUGGCUUCCAACUAUCAAACAUUGAAUCUGAAAUGGUUAAUGAAAGUAGUCUGAAAGAGCUCAACUCAAAGAUUUAUGUGAACCUCCUCCAACUCUACAUUGAAUCCUCCUUCAAACUUCACGAUAUUGAGAAGGCAGAGCCAAUUAUUGAAAAGCUUUUUAGCUUAUAUCCGAACAAUAGUAAUUGCUUCUUUCUUAAGAUAAAAUAUGAGCUCUUGAAAUGCCAGCCAGAUAUGCAGCAAAAGAUACUUGUCCUUCUUAACAGAAUGGUAGAGCUUGAAGAUUUUCAUAUUGGAUACAUUGUCAUUCUUCUUUAUGAAGGCCAAGACUUGACAGAUAUCAAAGGGAAAGAAGCAAUUUCAGAAUUUAUGCUCAACUACUUGAUGUUGCAAGAUACUAAUCUAUCAAAAUUGCAAGAAGUAUUAGAUAAAAAUCUAAAGAAGACACUUGUAGAGAACAAAGCAAAGAAUUCAAAAAGCACUCUGACUUUUCUAUCUAUAUUUAUCAAUCUCUAUCACUACUGCUCUGAAAGGAAUGAACUCAGAAAUUCUUCAAGUUCUAAGUAUUUCUCCAAUAUUUUGCCAGUUAUCAAUAAUUUCAUUGAAAGAAUUCUGAAUUCUACUAAAAAGUCAGAGCAAGACAAAAUGCUUAGAACUUUUGCACUAUGCGAAGAAGCUAUCUGGCUUCUAGGAUAUUGAUGGAACGAAGGAUACUCCUUGAUACAGACUAAUCCUAAGCAGAGUAUUAAGUACCUGAGCACAGCUUCAAAUUGAUCACUUCUUUCAGUAAAGCUGAUGGAUCUAUCUAAAGAAUCACAAGAAGGAUAUCCAGCAAUUGAUGGGAAAGAGAAAGAUUUUGAAUUCAUGAAGAAAAGAUUUUUAUAUUUUUAUAAUGCUGCUUGAUCUUUGCUCAGUUCAAUAUCCCUAAAAUUCCAACUCCUUACUGAAAAAUCAGAUAGCCAAAAUCUCACUGACAGCCUCAUAAUUGAAAUAAACAAUGGAGUAGUUCAAAAAGCCACUUCUCUACUUAAACUUCUAGACAAAAGCAUCCUAUCCCAAGACCAACUAAACAACAUCUCAUUCGCUUUGGAGAUAAAGAUCCAGAAGUGGUACAAAGAUUUGAUCAAUGAAUGAAAAGAUUUGUACACUUCUGCAUUCCUUCUUCUACUGGACUCCUCUUCUUAUGUGCUUCAGGCUUCAAGCUUCAAAAAUUCAGACGUGCUAACUUCCGAACAAAUUCAUCAAAUGCUGACUGAUUUCUUCAAUUCAAAAAUUGUGAAGCCAACCCCAGAAGUAUUUAUUUCAGUGUACACCAUACUUGAGUCUCAUGGACAGAAGGAUGGAUGUAUGCAGACACUCGAGAGAUUAUGAGCAGUACUCAAGGAAGCUAGAGAUGGAGAAGCAGUAGAGAAAUUACCUCCAUCAGCAGCCAAGAACUCUAUCAAAUGUUACCAAAAACUAAUCGAGCUGACUCUGAGCGACUUCAGUCUGAACUCUUCAGUGACUUAUAUGAAGACACUGAUCGACCUUCUUGAAAGAAAUGCGCAUGACGAUCAAAUUUGACAAGUUGUUGAGGACGCUCUUCUAUUCUUAAUAUCAUGCUCAUGGAACGCAGGAGUUGAAGAAUAUGAUAAUGAAAGAGAUAGCAACGCUAAGGAUCUUUUCCUUGUAGUAUCUAGUGUUGUCAAAUUAUCAGAGGAUAUAAUAAGAUCCCAUCCUAGUAAAUACACUAGGCUUGAUUCCUAUCUCAAGAAAUGGAAGGAGAUUCAAGAUAUAAAAGAUUUCUACUAAAAUUCUAGCAAAAUUACUUUUGCAUAUUU